AUGAGUGAUCCCAUUUUGAUUUCCGACGAGGAGGAUGAGGUUACUCCGCCUUCGAAGAGGGCUCGAAAAAAUCCUUCCCCUACCAUUUUGAAGUUGGGUACCAAUUCGACACCGCCGGGAUCUGCUUUUACUCCACUGUUCGUCGACGAGACACCUCUCUCUGACGAUGUCACCGUCGUCAAGUCUCAUUUUGGUCCCGGAGCUGGAGGUUCUUCACACCGCGAGAACAAGUUUUCCGGUAAACAAGUAAUAAUACCUCUUGAUUUGGAUUCGGAAGACAGUCCUCGACCUGGAACGUCAAAGAAGUAUGAACCAAUACACGUUGAUUCUACGGAGCAACCAUGUAGAUUGGAAUCUGGAUCCAGUGAUGCAGAUUCUGAUGAUGAUACUAACUGGAUGCACAAAGCCAGUUUUCGAUCUUCACUUCCCAACGAUGCUAUUGAGGUCGAUUCUGACCAAGAGAAAGAAGAAGUCUUAAGUCUUGGGGAAAGGGGACGACAAAAGCAGCCCGGGAGUUCGAAAAAUACACCAAAAAAGCAGCAGAUGUCAAAGGACGAAAAGAUCCGUGUGGCAGAGGAAAAGAAGUUACAAAAAGAACAAGAGAAAUUAAAGAAAGCUGCCUUGAAAGCAGAAGAAGCUCAGCAAAGAAAGUUGGACAAGGAAAGGCAGAAAUUGGAAAACGUUAAGCUAGCGCUUAAAUCUAUCGUCGCUGAGAUUGAUGUUCAAUUGGUUGAAGGAUCCAUUGGAGCACCUCUGAUCUCAAUGUUCUCUGAGAAAGGCAUUACAUACCGUGUAACCUCUAAUCCUAUCAAGAGAUCUAUUGUGUGGACAAUGACACUUCCAGAGGAGAUAGCCCAGACUUUACCCCUUGGAGGCAAAAUUCCAUAUGUCUUACUUGUGUAUGAGGCUGAAGACUUUUGCAAUCUUGUUGCUAAUGAAAGAAUCCUAGAAAACAUCUCGAGAGUUCGGGACCAAUACCCAUCUUACAAAGUGUGCUACCUCACCAUUAAGUUACUGUCCUACGUAAACAAAAGGGAAAAGGAAGAGUAUAAGAACUUGGGACAAUCCAAUGGUUGGAGGCGGCCUCCUAUCGAUGAGGUACUUGCAAAGGUAACUACUCACUACGUUGGAGUGCAUUCCAGACACUGUGUAGACGAGGCUGAGGUCGCUGAACAUGUUUUUGGCUUAACAAGCAGCCUGGCCUCUUGCCAAACCAGGAAGAAGACAUCUUGGUUAUCAGUAAAUGCUGCCGGUGCCGUACCAGCCUCUAUGGAUCCUGUUGACAAGCAACUGUUUAAAAAGAGUCCAUGGUUAAAAGCGUUAGUAGCAAUACCAAAGGUACAGCCAAGAUAUGCAGUGGCAGUGUCGAAGAAAUAUCCAUCAAUGAAGUCUCUUCUUAAGGUUUAUAUGGAUCCUAACAAAACGGAACAUGAGAAGGAGUUCCUUCUAAAGGACUUGAAGCUAGAAGGAUUGAUGGGAGAUGAAAAGAAAUUUAGGAAAAGUAGGUUCAACGAGGAUAUAUAG